CGGUGCCACUGGUGCCCCUAUUGGCUGUAGGUUCUACCAGGGCAGCUAGGGGUAGUAGAAGUAGGAGUAGAAGUAGUCCUGCUAGUAAAGUGGAUGUGGGCGACAUCGAAAGAUUGACUUCAUCCCAAGAUAAAGACAGCGACGCCGACGAUGAGGAUGAGUUCGGGGCGGAUGACGAGCGAGAAGAUUUUGCUUACGCUGCUGAAGAUGCAUUCGAUGCUGAGCAGGACGAGGAGGCAGCACGUUUACUUGAUGAGGCUGAGAGGGCUGCAGAAGAUUAUCACGAUUCUCAACGACUGCAGGACUGUGAAACGAUUCAAGCCCGAACCAGACACCGGAUUGCGGAGAUGAUCAUUGUUCCGUUCAAAUUUGACCUGUUGUUGGAUUUUUAUGAUCGGACUUUGCGAAGAAGUAGUACAGGAGAUGUUGAGAGUGCAGCAAUUUCCAGUACUACAGAACCCGAAGGGCGAGGUGGAACCGAUUCUAGUGUUACCAAUUCCAGUACUACAGAACCCGAAGGGCGAGGUGGACCCGAAGGACGAGGUGGCAAUAAAGCUGCUUCGGCUCUCGGUGCAGCUCUUCUUCAUGGAAGCUCUGCUACACCAGUAUCUUCCAAUUCAGCAUCAAGUAGUAUAAGAAUAAGUCAACAAGUAUCAGCCAGUACAUUUGAAGAAGUAAUGCGUGCUCGAAGUGGUGGACAGGAUCUAGAUUGGCGUUUUCUGCGACGCUUUAUUUUUCCGGAGUUUUUCACUACUAGUUCAUCUAGUGGAACAAGAGAAAAAGGUGGAAUUGGUCAACUCCUUGUCUCUCCUGAAGAUUUGUUCAACGACCACGAGGAUCAUGAUUAUACCUCCUCCUCUCGAGAAGAGGAUGUUGAGGAAGAUCCACCUGGAGUUGUUGCCGGCUUCCUCCACCAUGAACAAGUGCAUGAUGUCUUGAAACUUCUAUCGCACUUUCGUCUGGUUGAGCGGGUUCGUCCUGUCCUCGAUUCGUGCAGUGAGGAUGUUGGUACAAGAACAAGCUCUCUUUUGAAAGGAUGCGGACACGAUGAAGCUGCGGACACGAUCAUCAAAGUAGAAGACGAUUUCUUCGAUGAAGCAAGGCAAAUAAACAGGCCCAGGGACAACAAUGAUGAACAAGUGGCACCACAACAACGUCUGCCUCCUCGUGAAAAAUCAAAAUCUUCGAUAGGUCAGCUGUCUCUCUAUGCGGAGGACCCUGAGGAUGAGGAGGAGUUAUUAGAAGUCUUCAACAGCAAGGGGAACAAUGAUGCUUUGCUGGGGACGGGUACUAGCAGGACUACCAAUUCUAGUAGCACAUCUCGAUCCCCUUCUCCUAGUCCUACUUCUAGUAGUGGUCCAACAAGAACGAUGCCGAUGAAAGUGAAGGGUGGAAGCUGUGGACCUACUUCUAGAGAUGAUACGAGUCCUUCUCCGUCUAGAACUGAAGACACUAGAAUUGCGACCCCGCCAAGGACCCAAGGAACGUCUCGAGUUGUACAAAAACCAUCAGAAUGGCAACAUCACGAUGCUAAUUCCCGUCAAGUAAACAAAAGCCCACCUAGUAGAGUUACAAAAGAAGUUUCGAGCUUACUUUUUGCUCGCUGCGUGAAUCUUGUUUUAGACGAGUGUGGUGGAGCUGCUCCUGCUGGUGCUGCGGAAUCUUCACUAGAAGGUGCUGGAGAUGGAAGUAGAGGAGGUUCUUCUCAAACAAUUCACAUUAACCCUCCAUCAACUUCAACCUCUCCAACGAAAGAAGAUACUAGAACGGGCAAGAAAGUGCACGUUGUAGUAGACCCGGAAGCACCUCCUUCGGAACAAGAAUCUGCGCCACCUAAAUGUAAGCCAAUGUUGCCACAGACCGGUGCACAUCAUGAUACGACGACUCUUUUCGAAGCUUUAUAUUCUGCACUGCAUCGCCGUGUACGAGGAAUCGAAACUUGUUCAUCCCCUGUGUGGCAAGAAAGUCAAAGUCUUCAAAUUCCAGAUGAACUGGAAGAUUACGACUUCAUUAUUCGUGUUUUAAAAUGCCAUGACUUGGUGACACCUCGACAAGCCAGGAUUUUGAAGGUGGUGAGUGAGCUAAAGUUAAGGGUCGUUAUUUCCACAUUACGAUUACAUUCUGCACUACCAUCUUCCCUGAACAAUCUUUCCCCACUAGUAACAAAGAAGUCAGGGAUCAUGUUCUGAAGAAUGCAAUUGCGGAAGAACCUCUAAAAAUAGAGGACCAAUACGGGAUGAAGAAGAAGAGCAGCCCAGAUCAGGUGGACUUGUUGUCGAUCUUAGUUGAAGACAUCUUGAUUACACUGUUUGCCUAUCGCGGGCCACUGCGAGCACUGUUGGACGAGGAUGUGCCUGGUAGAGCAUCUCAUCCUCAAAACCAAGAACGAGAUGCAAUAUUAGAGCACGCUGUAGAGACAGGAGCAUUUGUAUCAGCACUCGAAGCAGUGCAGCGUGCUGGGGCACAACUGGCAGAUAUCAUUGGCAAGCAAGGAACGAGGACGAUGACACCGACUGGCCAAGAAGAAAUGGUACUAGUGUCAAAUAACGCAAGAACAAGCGCAAACACAGUAGAAGCAGAACAUGAUCAAGGACAACAAGUACAAGUUGUAGACAAGAAACUGACGACAGCACAGAUCCGAUUGGUGGCUACGCUUUUAGGUCGAGGACAUGGCUCAUCUUCAUCACCAGGAUCUGCGGUUGCAAUGUUGGAACCGCUGUCGCGACUCGAAGUUGUGGAGACGAGUGGCAUCCUUUGUUAAGGGCUGCCGCUGCUAUAUUUUGGUACUGCAUUGAUGGUACUGCUGCAUUGGUAGGUUUAGUUAGUGCACGAUUAGUUAGUACCGAUACCGGAAACCAAGGAUGUGAAGACAAUGAAUAUGCAAGGUAGCCUUGGUAGAAGCUCUGAGGGCGGGGGCUGAAAUCAGCCGUAGGUAAGAGUGUCACAGCAGCAUUUUUGAGAAUAUUUUUCUAAAAUUUGUCGUGUGCAAUGCCUUCUGAGUCGUGUAAAAAUUAUACAUAGUACUACCGGUUUUAUAACCAUCACUCAUUUUUCUGUGAAACUAAAAUCGUUAUCGUUUGUAGUGAGAUCUCCUGUUUAUAUGGGACACCGACACACUGACUUACCAUGUUGAUGACUGCUAAAUUCUGAGAUCUAAACAAAAUUUCCUUUGAUGUUGCAGUUGUUUUGUUUAGAUCAUGAGGAUGAGGAUGAGGUGCAAUAUUUUUGGUCCUUCAUUUUGAAAAUCAUUAUCGUAGGCGAUGGUGCUGUCAGCCCUCCUGCACCACUAAAAAGGCUUCAGUUUGAGUCCUCUACUUAGUUGUUUUUCAGUUUUGAGAAUAAAAAUUCAAGUAUUAAGACUUUGCAUUUUGCUGCUCCUCAUUGUCGAUGGGUACACAUCGAGCAGUGAAUAGAGCAUGGGCAGUUGAUGCUCGACCAUGGAGUUCGUCAUCUGCGUUCCUUGAGUGAUUCGCGAUAAUCACAGCAGGGGCAGAGCAGACGAGUAAACACGUGUUAAAAAAUGAAGAAACCUACUUGAUGACCUUGACGUGAUGUCCUAUGCAUGGGACGAAUGUUUGAAGAAAACCUCUCCUGACCUAAAAAGCUCUCGUCCUGACCUCAUCAUGUGAUUACAACAGUGUACUAUGUCUAUUGUGUCAUUGAACUUG